AUGGCAGCAGCAUCGUACGAGGCAGAGCGUGAUGUCCAGAAGAAUUACUGGAUUGGCAUUCCGCUUCUCACUGUUGAAGCCAUGAUGCUCGACUCUCGAGCCUCUGAUCUCGACAAGGAAGAACGGCUGCAGGUGCUCUCUUUGCUCCCGCCAUAUGAAGGCAAAUCGGUGCUGGAACUUGGAGCUGGUAUUGGUCGGUUCACUGGUGAAUUGGCUCAGAAGCGUGGUCAACUCAUCGCUCUUGACUUCAUUGAUAGCGUCAUCAAGAAGAAUGAGAGUGUCAACGGGCACUACAAGAAUGUGAAGUUUAUGUGUGCUGAUGUCACAUCCCCUGACCUCAACAUCACUGAUGGAUCCAUUGAUUUGAUUUUCUCCAACUGGCUUCUCAUGUAUCUCUCUGACAAAGAGGUGGAGCUUUUGGCUGAAAGGAUGGUUGGUUGGAUCAAAGUUGGAGGAUACAUUUUCUUCAGAGAAUCUUGCUUCCACCAAUCUUGGUGCAGCAAGCAAUCCAACCCCACUCACUACCGUGAACCCGGUUUCUAUACCAAGUCUAUUAUGGUGAAUAAAUGCAGGGUGUUUCAAGAAUGUGUGACUCGAGAUGCUGCUGGGAACUCUUUUGAGCUCUCCUAUGAUCGGGCAAAGUGCAUUGGAGCUUAUGUGAAGAACAAGAAGAAUCAGAACCAGAUUUGUUGGGUUUGGCAGAAAGUCAGCUCACAAAACGACAGAGGCUUCCAACGUUUCUUGGACAAUGUUCAGUACAAAUCCAGUGGGAUCCUACGCUAUGCUGUCUUUGGACAUGGCUAUGUGAGCACUGGUGGAAUCGGACAACCCAAAGAGUUUGUGGAGAAAAUGGAUCUGAAACCAGGACAGAAAGUGUUAGAUGUUGGUUUGGAAUAA